CUAGUUCCUCAGCGCGCGUGUUUUGCCAGCUGUUGCUCACUUACCUCGCUCGAAUUCGAUCAUUUGUUUACCUUGUUUAAAACAAACUAAAGCAAACCUAAAUCCCGCCGAGAUGACCACAAACGCUUCAAUUGAAUUGGCCCUGGAUCGGGUGGACUGGCGUGACCUUGCCUCCCACGCGGAACACCUGCCGCGAGUCUAUACACCUGGCGAAGUUCUGAUGCCGGAGGCGGGUUUUAUGCGUGGCCACGGAACUUUUGUGGAGGAUGAGAACAUCAAGGCCUCAGUGGCCGGAGUGAUCCAGAAAGUCAACAAGCUGAUCUCCGUGCGUCCGCUGAAGAGUCGCUAUGUUGGCGAAAUCGGGGAUGUGGUGGUGGCCCGCGUCAUCGAGGUGCAACAGAAGCGUUGGCGAGUCGACACCAAUUCCCGGCUGGACUCCGCUCUCCUACUCUCUUCGGUCAAUUUGCCGGGCGGCGAACUAAGGCGGAGAUCCGCCGAGGACGAGCAGAUGAUGCGACGCUAUUUGGAUGAAGGCGACCUCAUUUCCGCGGAAGUCCAGAACAUCUUCGAAGAGGGAUCCCUUUCCCUUUACACGCGCAGUUUGAAGUACGGAAAGUUAUCACAAGGCAUUCUGGUAAAGGUUUUCCCCGCUCUCGUCAAGCGAAGAAAGAUGCAUUUCCACAAUCUGCCCUGCGGCGCAUCCGUAAUUCUGGGCAACAAUGGCUACAUCUGGAUAUCCCCCACCAAGGGUCAGGAGCAGGAGGGCGGCGAAGGAGGAUUCGCGCAGAACUUGAAUGAACCAGUACCGCGAGCUGAACGGGAAGUGAUCGCCCGGCUGAGGAACUCCAUCCUGGCGCUGGCCAAGUGCAAGCUGAUGAUCUACGAUACUAGCAUACAGUACGCCUACGAGGAGUCCCUAAAGUACGAGGCCCAUGAGCUUCUACAACAGAGUGUCAUCUACGACAUUGGCGAGCAGACGCAGGCACGUUUAAGGGACGCCGAUGAUUAGUUUGAAAACUAUAAGAUUAAGAGAUUGUAAUACUGUUUUACUUCAAAUAUAUUAUUUGAGAAAAAGCUUCCCAAA